AUGUGUGCUGACCUGACCAGGGCCAUCGAGGCUGGUGACAUCCAGGAGGCCUCCAUCUACGCUGCCGCCCUGGCUUAUCAGCAGGCAGGGCUGAAGAUCCAGCCCUCUGAUAGGAGCUACGGAGACACAGAGGUUAGUCCUCCCCCACACAACCAUUGCAAUACUCAAGCAUCAGUAUUCCUGGAGUAUGGCUUCCAUCCGCGGGUGCAGAGCUGGGUCAUCGGCCAGUGUCUGUGUGCCGAGCAGCGCUCUCUGGCAUCAUAUGGGGUAAGCUGGGAUGGAGACACGGCCUUCCUGUACCUCCUCUCCGCCUGCCUCACACGGCAGCUGCUCCAGCAGGACCAGGAGAAUACCUUCCUCACCCCCGCUACCCCACCUCACGGGCCCCCCAGCAACUGCCCCACAUCCCAGGACUGGAGGGGUUACAGUACCCUGCCACUCAGACUGAGCCACAGCAUCAAGGGUUCAAAUGGAACAGGGCCAAGUGUAGCGGGGACAGAGAGGCUGAACAUCAGUGAAAUCAAAGACUUCAUCAACCUGGAGAUGCCACAACUCAAUGAUGCACUUAGUCCCAAGAAAUCAGGCCCUCAGGGUUGGGCCUGCCCCUUUUGUACGUACAUAAACAAGCCCACGUGGCCUGGCUGUGAGAUCUGCAGUACAGACCGUCCAGAGAGUUCUACUGUUCCUGGGAGCCACAAACCAGACCCUCUGGUGCUCCACCGCAUACAGCAGGAGGAAGAAACCGUCCAACAGUACCAGCAGGAGAAAGAGAGAAAAGAGCUUGGGGGUGCGGGUGCUCAAAACGGCUCCCUACUGGAAAACUUGGACCAGGACAACUGGCUCACACACUCCACGUAUCAUCACAGAAAGAGACUGACUCACUCACACACUCCACGUAUCAUCACAGAAAGAGACUGACUCACUCACACACUCCACGUAUC